CGUCUCGACUGCACCGGAACUCAGAUGGCGCUCGAACAUCUUUUGAAAUCAUUGGUAGAUGGCAGUAGAAAUUUCAGCGCCAAAUCGAACUAUGGCGACGGAAAAAUAAUCUAUAAGUGCAUCAAAAUUAAACUAUGGCAACAACUUCGUCUUUCUCAAAAGGUUGUUUUGUCUUCAAAGCCAAACCAGAGAGUAGUGGGAAAAGUCCAAGGAAGAAAACCAAAAAAUCUUCUAAUUUACUUCAUAGAUCAAAUGGCGAUCUCAAUGCUUCAUCCUUAUUUGGGAAAUGUGACAAAUCUUCUAUGGAAAUUAGACAAGAUUCCUACAAGAAAAUCUGGAUGUCCACAAAAAAGAAAAGCGAGGACAUCAUUUCAGAUAGCCACAAACAACUCCUGCAUGAUGUAAGUCAAUUUGUUAGUGAAAAUGCAGAUAUUGGACAAAGCAGUAUACCUACUGCAUUAGUAGCGUUAGGAGUUAAUCUUCCAGAUCAUGCAGCAUUUUUUAGCCUGUUGGAUUCUACUUUGAAUGCCCAUGUAUCUCCAUUUGUGGCCAUGUUAAAUUCAAAAGAAUGCCCCUCAUUGAAAAACAUGGUACUAAAAGCCAUCCAGAAAUUGACAAGUUGUGAUUUAGCAGAUGAUGAUGCUGAAAAGGAUGAGGAAGCAGAUGAAAUUGUGCCUGUCAAACCAUCAUCUAAGAUCAAGACAUUUGCUAAUCUUGCGACAUGGUACUCCAAUGUCGUCAUUAAAACUCCCUUGAUCAUCAUCCUACAAGAUUUGGAAUCUUUUAGUACUCAACAGUUGCAGGAUUUUGUGUUACUGUGCAGGGAAUAUCGAGUUCGAAAUAAGUUGCCAAUUCAGUUCAUUAUGGGUAUUGCGACGACAGUGACCCUCCAACAACAACUUCACCAUCGCACUUCGGUCUGCCUUGCGACCAAAUCAUUUCAGUCACGGCCUUCAAUCGUUCUUCUAAACCAUCUCAUAGAACAGCUCUUUAUGAAUAGCAGCGUUUUAAAACUUGGACCAAGGCUUAUGCAACUUUUACUGGAUGGUUUUCUUUAUCACGACUUAUCACUCAGCAGUUUUCUUAUGCGUGUCCAUCUGAUAAUAAUGCAACACUACAUAACCUUACCGGUUUCUUCACUUUGCUGUUCUAUGAGUGAACUAAUAGAUAGAAUUAAGAAACUCAGCGCAGCAGAUUUAGAUCUAUACCGUCAGGUUCCAUCGUUCAUGAAAUUUAUCGAAAACAAUCGAUCUAAAGUUUCACUGCUAACGGACGACAAGGAAUUCCGAUCAUUUCUGCAAAAAUCGUUUGAGGACUUGAACAGCUACUCUAAGGACUUCUCAUUGAGCUGUCGAAUUCUCCAUUGCCUAAGCGAUGGAAUGCCAGAUGCAUUGUUUGGCAAAAGUCUACGUGAAGUCUACAUAAAUUUCUUGAUCGGUGCGGAAUCUGAGGAUUGGGAUCGGUUUAUUCAGUUGCUUAAUAUUUCCACGUCGUACGAACUGCAAAGCAGAAUCCAAGCUGCACUGGCUACCCUUAAAGAAUCAGAUGUAUCCAGUGCUUUGUCGGAUUUCUCCACCAGUCUCGUUCUCUUCUCAGAGGAGCUGAAGCGUUUGGAACAAGCACCGGACACCGACACUGCUACCAGCCCCAAAAGUCCGAAUGUCUUUGUACCUAAAGGCAAGAAACUGGACAAAUUUGAAUUGAAAGCUCAAUUGUUGGCGUCAGCGAAACAAGCCCGCCCGACCUCAAAAUUCGACGAAAUAAAAUCCGAGAUCGUAUCCUGGUUGAACUCGCAUCUAGCACGUCAACUGAAAUCUCCUACCACCAUACUGUUUCAUGAAGUAUUUUAUGCUGGUAGCCAAGUUCAGAGUAGUUGGGAUAUCGUCCCGUGGAUUCGACGUCAGGUCCAACCGGUUCCUAGAGUCGCAAUUAGUAAGGCUCUAUCGGAUCCGGCUUCAUACCUUGGUUGCAACUGUUGCUCUUCAAACGGACAGGGAUCGCAAAUUCUGUCCACCAUGCCCGACCUCUGCAUAGUCUACAAAUUACACACCGAGUGUGGUCGCUUAAUCAACCUUUACGACUGGAUGUUGUCUUUCAACGCCAUUCAACAAAAGGACAAGGAUGACGAAAAUGAGGAGAUUGAGCCUAUCAUUCAAGCACGUUUCAUUCGAGCUGUCGCACAGUUGCAGUUACUCGGAUUCAUUCAAUCGUCAAAACGAAAGACAGACCAUGUUGCACGCUUAACAUGGGGAGUCUAAGCGUUUAGUGCCGAUUUGGUAUGCUUCAAAUCUUUCCUGAAAAGGUAUUUUGUGUAAACAGCUGUACUACCCAUAAUAUUUUUGUGGUAGAGUUGCUCUAGUUCAAACUCAUGAUGAAGAAAAAAUUCUUUUGCCUCUUGCUGGCAUUCAGUAAUACAGGCUUCAAUUGAGGAGAAUCCUCGUUCAUAACAGAAGUGUGAUGCUGCAGAAAUUAACUGUGUAGCAACUUUUUUUCGUUUAAAAUCUUGAUCAACUGCAAGUCUCUUCAGCCAACCACUGCAGGCUUUAUCUUUGUUACGUGUGAUGCCCAAAAACCUAUCACUCUUUUUGAUUUUGAAGACAGCUCAUCUUCUAGUCCUUGAAAAUUUGCCAUGCUGAUGAAGGUGAUGUUUUCCCCAGGAUUCAGAUCAAUAAGAGGGCCAUAAUAUUCUGCCACAAGAAAUGUGGUUUUAUCAGAUUCUUGAUAUUGCUGCUUCACUAGAGAUAAUUCAUUUUGAAUUUCUAGACUUUUCAUCAUAGCACUACUCCAUAUUGAUGCAUAAAGAAUUGCAAUUGUCAAUGGCACAGAUACUGCACAGUGAAAGAAGGGUAUUCCCACUAUGAUGAAUAAUACUGCGGCGAAGAAAACCAUUAGUUGAAAUAUUGUCUCUCGAAACAAAGCCGAAAAGAAUGUGCGGUUGACUGUAGACAUAAUGGUAUUCCCAGCUAUUUUCUUGCAAUCAAUUUCGUCGCCUUGAGAGAAAGGACGAAUCAAAACGAAGCGCUGUGAUCCUCUAGUAGGACUCAUCAUUUUCAACAAUAGUUGACUACCUACUACGAGAUAUAAUUUUAUUGACAGAUCACACGUUAAUAAGAAACUCAAAACAGUAUUGACUCGCAACCACUUGUUGACAAUUUGUUUUGUUUUUUAACGCCCGGUUCCUAAUCUGUGGGAAUGGACAUGGAACAAUGUUAAAUUGUGGAAAGAAUUUUAUUUUUUCUUUCUUUGUGCUUCUUAGAAGAAGAAGAAAAUAUCGCCAUGAAAAUACGGUUACACCUACUAGAACAAAUUUUUAGUCUUUAUUUGACGCUUUAUUAUUAUUUUAUUUAUUUUUUAUAUAUUUUUUUCGGUCAACCAGCAAAGGAAAUUAUUACCUGUAUCAUAGUCUAAAGCCCACAGGUUUUUUAAUUACCUUUCGUAAGUAAGGUGGUAUCACUGUUACAGUAAAAAAAAAUAUAUUUUAUAAAACCAAAAUUUCUGUUUGGGCAGCAUCAGAAUUUUGCCAAUAAUCAAUAAAUAGCAUUGGACUUCGAGCCAUCAAACUGCGAUUCCAGCUUGACGAUUCCCGAAAGCAAUUGAUGAUAAGUUUCCACGUUGAAGCCACGCCACCAAAAUUAGUUUCUGGUGUCACUCCAAGAAAUAGUAAAGCCAGCAGACCAAGCAAAUGUCUCCUUUGAGAUGUCGAAACAACUUAUUUUCGUGCCGAGCAAUGCCGAAGUUCUUAAUCCAUUAUUCACACUCUACCUUCGGAUCUAACAACGUUUCCAGAUUUUUUGCUUCGAAAACAAAUAUGGUUUUCCCUUUUGAACAAUUUCCGACUGAUUGACAAACACGUACUUUAUUAUUUCUGCGUACUUAAUUUCGCUAAUAAAAAUGUGUUACGUUUCGAGAAAAAUUGACAGAAAAAACUCUCGAUUUUGCUACGUAAAACGAAACCAGUUGCAGUCAAACUAACCAAAUUUUAUUUGUUUUUUCUUAGAUUUAUGGGGAAUUAGGUUAACUGUUGUGAUAAUAAGUUUAAACAUGUUUUAUGUGUAAGAAAUAAGGGCAGUCAAAAGAAAGAUUUAUUUGUCCGGUGCGAACGCUGUCUGCCAAGCAAUAAUGUCAACGCUGGGAUUACAGAUCUUGCUCUUAGCAUAAUCCCGUAAUGCACGAGUCGUGGCGAAUAUUGAAAUUCAGCCAUCAAACAAAAGAAACGAAUUGCCUUUUAAUAUUCCCUUCCCGCCGUCCCGUUAGGAGUACCAGUACUCAUUGCGCGAAUCCGCGGCUGUUCAGAAGAUGCUCUAAUUUUAUUAGGUGAGGGGAGACUAAUAUUUUUGUUGACCUUAUUCUUUUUAGGCACAAAAUUCAGAUCGAUUUUUAAAUCCGUCAGUUUCUUUCUAUGUCCGUACACCUGCGGAGGCGAAAGGGAUGCCCGAUCGUUAUCCAAACUUUCACCUUGCAAUAUCGUUACUGGUUCGAGAGUCUGCGGAUUUACUUGCGUUGAAUCCGCGCUUCGUCAUUUCUCUGCUUACUUCCAUCUGUAAGAUGCCGGUGCCGUUAAGACCCAUGGUGGGUGAUUGCUGAUUAAGCAAAGUGACGCUCUGGCUAAGUGGAUUAGCAAGGGAUGAUCGACCAGAAAUUGAGGACCAUCAAACUUUUAUUGAUGUUGUUGGCCUCUUCAAGAGUUUUACCCUGGCUGUUGGUUUUCUUGGUCAUUUCGCUACCUGCCAGAUCGACAAAAUUAAUUUUUCCGUGUCUGCUCAGAUGUUCAUUGUGGCUUUGUAUGCAAGAAAUAACCUGUAAUUCGGAGAUGACGUGAACAGUAAGAAUCGUAUGGCUUCGACUGGAAUAAUCAUUCAUCCUGUCGCGUAGCAAUUCUGCUCGAUUCCUCAUGCCUUCUUCGAGGACGGCUAGCAAAUCGUCGAAUUCCUAAACGGGAUAUGUGACACACAAAAGUUGGUCAACAUUCUUGAAAUGUCACCGUGUGAAUGUGACGGUGUGUCUGGUGACAACACCGUUACGCACAUCUCAUCGCACCAUGUGAUACAAUCAAGUACCUCGCAUUCUACUGUGAAGAGAUUCUCGACGUAAAAACCACCCGAUGCUCUCGACCAGCGCACCUGCAGCGGUUUCUUGAAAGUACUCAAGUUGAGUAAGUCAAUCACCUGCGAAUUAGUGUCGCAAAAAAAAAGACAUGAUGGAUACCAAACUUUAAUAGGUAAGCGAUUCCCUUUCUAUAUACUUAUCGCGGUGACCAAUUAUUAUAGGCUUCAAUUGGAACUAUGCAACUUAUGGUUUGUGAUCGAUGUGGUAAAAAAAAAAAAAAAAGUAGACGGUGUAUACGAAAAGUAGGCUCCUACAACUACUAGGAAAACUUGCCCACCCCUUUGCGUUCGACUCACGCAAUGUUCCAUUUGGAAACUUUGAGUAAUAGAGGGGUAGUUGUUGGUGGGCGAGAGGAAUUGUAAUAUACAUGCCGUACUACGAUAUGACGAGGAAAACAGAAACAAAACCUUUUUUUUUCUAUUUUUUUUUUUAUGGACAUAUUUUUCAAAAAAUUGUUUUACCUUUUCGUUGUAUAUUUCGAGGAAAGAAGCUUUAAUGAUGUAAGUGCAAUCCGAUUUAGUGUUUUCCUUUAAUCUGUCGAAAAGGUGUACAAACGCCCGAUAGAUGAGACCGUGCUCUUCUGAAAAAGGGUUCGGUUUGUCCUGGAACUAUAACAUCGCUGAUCACAUACCGCAAUUUUGCAUCAAAUCUAAGAGAACUUACUAAAUGGGGAGGGCCGGUAAGCGUAUGAGUCUUGCCCGAUCCUGUCUGUCCAUAACAAAAAAUUGUGGUGGAAUAGCCUUCCAUGGCCAUGGCGAUAACCUUGGCCACACCGGACUUGUCCAUCAUCUCCGACUGGGUAGCGGUCUGGUCAAAAACGGAGUUGAAUGUAAAUGUCUUGGCCGUUAACGUUUGGUUGAAAGUAGAUUGUGCUCCGGAUAGGGCACUUUGUCCAUUCGGUCUGACGUCUGGUCGCAUCAUAAUUUGUUCAUGACUGACCACUUGAAUGAUGGUGUCAUCGUUUCGUUGGAUUUCCCUUUCGCUUAAUGGUCGCACUCUACGGCUCAAUCAAAUCGAUAGAGGAAAUGAUAGCGAAUCAUUCAUAGCAACUAAAAUGUUUAAAGCCGCAAACUCACCUGACAACGACGCUAAUAUUACCCAAAUCAUCAACGCCGUUGUCAUUGCCUAAAUCGGCCAGUGAUCCGAACGAACUGGUAUUUGAAUAAGUCGAAGCGCUUCCAAACCUGUUCCCAUACGUGUAAAAUCCAUUCAUUACCAUAAGUAUUUUAAGUUCUAAAUGAAGUCCAUAAAAAUGAAAUCGUACCCUUCGGAAGAGGUGGCUCGUCGUACAGAUCCUUUCUUUCCAUUUCUUGUCAGUCCCAUGUUGAGUCUCUGGCGAAUUUAUUUCUCCUCUUAAUGAUUAGUGACGAACGACUUACUGAUCAUUUCCUUCCCAGUCGACUCUCGUUUGGCUACUGAAGUCGGUCGAUGACUGUGGGCUGCUAGUGUUGGUUCUUUGACGCACUCCCUUUUUCCAUUUGUAUUUGAGGUUACCAGAGACCCUUUCUGGUAUAUAUGUGUAUUUCUGUAUACUAUUUCUCCCCUCUUUAAUCGAUCAUCACUCGUUGGUGUAUGUGGAACCGUUGGAAAAGUUAUGAUGAUUGGUCUUCCCUGCCCACCCGCUUCGUCUACGCACAGUCCCGUUUUGUGUCCUUAUUGCCGAUCCCCUUCUCUUUGUUUUUACUUUAGCUACCUCCGUAUCACCGUAUGUACAUAGUCAAGCGUAUACGACAUGACAAUUUCACAAUGCAUGAAGCACAAAGCGUGUGGACCCUGGCUAAUUUCGCCUUAAACUCACUAUCAUCAAUAUGAUAUUGAUUCGCGCUUUAAACACGUUUGUUUUCGUAUUGCAAAGCGUUUUUUGUCCCAAUGUUGGCAUGGAAACCAGACGCGACAUCAUGAAUAAAUAGUGAAUGUAUUUGAUUUGUGUUGGCAAAUAGUCAGAUACAAAAUAAAAAGCGACCAGUGAAAUCCUG